CCCCUAAUGACCUAUACGGGGACAGGAGAUGCACGUGGAGAUCCGGGAGAGACUGCGGGGGGCGCUACAGCCCUAUGGCUUCCAGAUCUGCCCCUUCCAGGUGGGCUGGUACAACGCCGUCCUGGAUCCGAUCUUCCACCUCCCUCACCCCGGUGACACGCUGGCGUUUGUGGUGCUCAGCACCCCGUCCAUGUUCGAGAAGGCGUUCAAACCUUUCCUGACGGAGCAGAAGCUUCAGAGCCUCCGGGACCCGAUCGACCAGUGCGUCUCCCAUCACAUGACGCUGGCCAAGGAGCUCUUCUCCUCUCACCAAGUGGACGUCAUCUACGAUUAUGAGCUCCAUCCCAACCGGCGACCCAAGGUUCUCAUGCAGACAGCGGCGCAUAUAUCCGGAGCUGCGCAUUACUACCAGAAAAAAGAUGUACCGGAAGAUCCCUGGGGAUCGAGGAAGAUGUUCGGCGUUUGCAUUCACCCGCAGUACGGUGGGUGGUUCGCCAUCCGCGCUGUUCUGGUGUUCACCGACGUUCGGGCCCCCGGCUUGGAGCAGGCUGUGCCCAUAGACUGUGUCCCCAGCCGGGAGGACCGGAUCCGCCUGCUGGAGAACUUCAACUUUAACUGGCGGGAUGGGAAGUACCGGGAUGUGCUGCCGGCGGAGGAGAAGUACUCCGAGGAGCAGGCGCUUUACUUCUCUACGCCACCGGCCGAGCGGAUGAAGCUGCUGGAACUGUGGGGUCACCAGCCCCCCAGCCCACCCUGCUGAACCUUC